UAAUAAAACAUUGCGUGUUUUGUAACAGAUAUAUUUUGAUAAUACUGUGUGUUAGUGGCAGUGAAUUUGUCAAUAGUUCAUUUUUAAACAAAUGAUAGAAAACAACGUAUUCCUCGUGACUGGCGGGGCUGCUGGAGUAGGUGCAGGCAUUGUCAGAGCAUUGCUACAUGAAAAUGCCAGGUGUGUCGUUUUCCUGGACGUAUCAGAGCGAGAGGGCGCCGCCUUAGAGACUGAACUCCUGAACAAGUUUGGCGCCCUAAGAACUAAGUUUAUAAAAUGUGACGUUGCAAACAGCGAACAACUCGCCGCUGCAUACAAGCAAGUUUUAGAUAAAUACCGAAGACUCGAUGGAGUUAUAAACAACGCGGCGGUUUUGGGCACAGACGGGGACUUCAAGAGGAUGAUCGAUAUUAAUUUUACUGGAACCGUGGAUAGUACUUUACGAGCAAUGGAAAUAAUGGGAGCAGAUAAAACUGGUAGUGGUGGUCUAGUUCUUAAUAUUUCAUCGACGUCGGCUUUAAAAUUAAAUCCACUUCGACCAGUAUAUGCUGCCACGAAAAAUGCUGUCUUACAAUUUAGCAACGCAAUGGGGGCUGAGUUGUAUUAUUCAAAGACACAAGUUCGCGUUAUGACCGUGUGCUUGGGGCCCACUGACACAGCCAUCUUGCAACGACUGGGCUUGGAAAGCUUUACUAGAGAUGUUCCUGAAAGCCUGACCACAUCUGUACCAGAGAGACAAAAAGUGGAGUCAGCCACAUUGGGUAUUUUGGAAAUUAUCAAGAAAGGACAGAAUGGGUCAUCGUGGUUGAUAGCAAAUGACAAACCUGCCAUUGAAAUUACGGAUACUGUAAAGAAUGGAUUCAAAACUUUGUCCUUUGAAGUAACGAAAUAAGAAACAUGUAAACGAACCUUUUUUAUUAUGUAUGUUCAAAACAAUCUUUGAAUAAUAAUGGUUAUACAUACUACUAAC